AUGGAACAUAGUAUAGCAGAAAAUAGUCCCAUCCUCCUUGGAGGAGAUUUUAAUGCUCACCAUCCUCUUUUCAAUGACCCAACAUCCUAUCGACCACUUCUGAAAGAUCCUCCAGGAAUACAUAUAGAACAUCAUCUCUCCAAUAGCCUCCAUAUACAAAUUCUAAAUAAGACUAAGGCUACCCACAUAAGAGGAGGAGUCCUAGAUUUAACCUUCACUAAUGAUUAUCUAGCUUCUAAUGCAAACUCCUCCUUUCACGAGCACCUAAACAGCGACCAUUCAGCCUUAAUCAUUACUAUAGAAAUACCUAGGAUGAACUCCCCACCUUACCAACCAAAAUGGAAUACGCACAAAGCAAACUGGGGUAGAUUCCAAAAACUCAUUGAAAUAUGGGCUUCUUCCUAUCAAAUUGGUGACAAAACUCUUGAUAAACUAGAAGAAGACUUCAAAACAGCAAUCACAGAAGCUGCCAACUCCGCGAUACCAUUAUGUAAACCCUUUUCCAAAGAGCACCAGGAUCACUGGUAUUACAGUAACAGAGUCGCUGAACUACAUCACAGAGUGAAUAUAACUAAGAAAAACUUAUCAAAGUUCCCCUCCAAGGGUAAUCUCGACUUGUAUCGAGACACCUUAAGACACGUAAAAAGAGAGCUAUGGGAUAUACGAACUGAAAAAUGGCUUGCCUGGUGCGAAACUUUAAAUUCCCACACAAAGAUUAAAGAUAUUUGGAGCCAUCUCCGCAAAGCCACUGGCUGCUAUAGAACUAAUCGAAUCCCGGCACAUCCUGAUCCUCAAGGUGAAGCCAACAAACUAAUAAAUCAGUUUGCUACCAGAUCGUCUUCCAGUAACUUAGACCAAAAUACUGUGGAAGCCUUGGCAAUAAACAGACCACUACAACUGCACAUAAUAGAAAACGCAAUCGAAGAUUCAGAUGAUACUGACCAUCCUAUUACCAUGGCAGAAAUCAAUAAAGCCAUUAAUAUACACAAAAUCUCAGCUCCAGGGGAUGAUAAAAUAUCAUAUGGCAUGAUGAAGCACUUAGGACCCAAAGGAAUGGAUUUCUUACUUCAUCUAUACAAUAAAUCUUAUAAAGAAAGAAAAAAUACUGGUACCUCAGACAAUAUUGCUACUUUAAGAUCAAUGCUGGAUCAAGGCAAGGCCACUUUAGUUUUCCUUGACCUGGAAAAAGCCUUUGAGCUUGCGGACCCUAUAAUAAUUUCAACAAUUCUAGCGGAAAAAGGAGUGAAAGGACAUCUUCUGGCCUGGAUUACAGACUAUUUUACACAAAGAAAAGCUACAGUGAUAUUCCAAGGACACCUAUCAAAUACCCUUAUUUUUGAAAAAGGUACACCUCAGGGAGGCAUCCUCAGUCCAACUUUAUUUAAUCUACUGAUUGAAAAACUUGUCAACCUUCCUUUCCGAAACAACACCACCUUACUGAGCUAUGCAGAUGACCUGCAAUUGAUAACCACAGGUCCACAUCAACUACUACACGCUCAACACGCUUUAGAUCUAAUAACCCAAGCCUGUACUUCCCUUGGACUAAAAAUUAACCCGUCCAAAUCGUCAGGAUUAAACAUCGGUCCAUCUAGACCCUUUCAUCUACUUACAAUCCAAGGCCAAAACAUUGACUGGGUAGAGAAAGCUAAAUGCCUAGGACACUUUUUCUCAGAAAGAAAUCAUGAAAAAGAUCAGUUGGACUACCUCAAGCAAAGAAUACAAUCCAGAAUUCUAGCAAUGAGAAAAUUAACAUCCACCAGAAUAGGAGCAGGAUACAAAAUUCUACGCACUUCUAUACUCAAGCCAUCAGAUCAAUAA